AUAUAAGUUAGACUGCCAACCCAAAUCGACAAUAGUUGCAGUGAAACAUUCCAUUAUCAAAGCAAUUGAUUUGCAGGAGAUCCAAGAUGUUCAAGAUCAUCGUUUUGGUUGCCUGUCUGGCUGUUGUUGCCUCUGCCCAAUACUACGGAGGAGAUCACGGUCACCAUGAGGAUUACCAUCAUUCCCAUCCGAAAUACAAAUUCGAGUACGGAGUGAAGGAUGCGCACACCAAGGAUCACAAAAGUCAGUGGGAGCACCGUGAUGGAGAUGUGGUGAAGGGCGAGUACACUCUGGACGAGGCCGAUGGAACUCAUCGUGUUGUCGAGUAUACUUCGGAUCACAAGAGCGGAUUCCAGCCCCAUGUUCAGCGGAAAGGACAUGCCCAUCACCCACAUGGAGAGAGCUGGGUGAAGAUUGAUCAGCACUACUGAGAAUAGGAAUAAACUUGUUUCCGGUAUCGUUUUUCCGCGCAUGAGUAUGAAACGUUCGAAAAUAUAUCGAUUUUGAUUUUUCAGAAGUA